AUGCUUCGGCAAAAGCCUAACCAGACACUCGAUGAUUUUGCAGCCGAACUCAACCGUUUGGCCGCCCUCGCUUUCCCCUCCAGCCCGGACCCCCACCGACAAAGCCAGGUUUUGCACCGUUUUAUGACGGGACUCUUUGACCCUAAGAUCUCUGAAGCGCUAAUCACCCACCCACCGCCCCUCCUCCCUGAAAGCCGCACUCGACUUUUGCCGUUUUUACCAAUCGUAUCGCUCAAUCCAUCGGCCAUCACCGGCAUCCCCCUCUCCACAGUCAGCCGCACCCAGCCCAUCUACUUCUGUUCGCCUGACGACUCGCCCUACCUUCCAACCAACAACUUUUAA